AGGGCCGGUGAGCUCAUGGCAAAGGCUCCCAGCUGGGCGGGGAAUGGGGGGCUCGCCUAUAAAGCCCCCAGAGCCAUGUAGCGGUCAGCAACAGUCAUGGACGGCACCACGGAGGGCCCCAUGGAGGACUCCGAGGCUGUGCAGAGGGCCACGGCGCUCAUCGAGCAGCGGCUGGCGGAGGAGGAGAAGAGUGAGAAACUCCGAGGAGCCACGCCGCAGAAGCUGCCCAUGAACUUGCUGGUGCUGGAAGAUGAGAAGCACCAGGGCGUGCAGAGCGGUGCCUUACAAAAUGUCAAGGGCCAAGAGCGCGUGCGCAAGACAUCCCUAGACCUGCGGCGGGAGAUCAUCGAUGUGGGCGGGAUCCAGAACCUCAUCGAGCUACGCAAGAAGCGCAAGCAGAAGAAGCGGGAAGCCCUGGCCGCCUCUCAGGAGCUGCCUCCGGAGCCCGAGGAGAUCACGGGCCCUGUGGAUGAGGAGACGUUCCUGAAAGCAGCUGUGGAGGGCAAAAUGAAGGUCAUUGAGAAGUUCCUGGCGGACGGGGGCUCGGCGGACACCUGCGAUGAGUUCCGCCGGACAGCACUGCACAGAGCAUCCCUGGAGGGCCACAUGGAGAUCUUGGAGAAACUUCUGGAGAGCGGGGCCACUGUGGACUUCCAGGAUCGGCUGGACUGCACGGCCAUGCAUUGGGCCUGCCGUGGGGGCCACCUGGAGGUGGUAAAACUGCUGCAGAGUCGAGGAGCAGACAACAACGUGAGGGAUAAGUUGCUGAGCACCCCUCUGCAUGUGGCAGUCCGCACAGGGCAGGUGGAAAUCGUGGAGCACUUUCUGUCCCUGGGCCCAGACGUCAACGCUAGAGACAGAGAAGGGGACAGUGCCCUGCAUGAUGCCGUGAGGCUCAACCGCUACAGAAUCAUCAAGCUGCUGCUCUUGCAUGGGGCUGACAUGAUGGCCAAGAACCUGGCUGGGAAGACCCCCGCUGAUCUAGUGCAGCUGUGGCAAUCUGACACUCGGCACGCCCUGGAACACCCGGAGCCUGGACCUCAGCAGAACGGGCUAGACGCGCCGGCUGAGAGCAGCGGCCAAGAGACGCCCCAGCCUGUCCCUGCCCAAUCAUAGCCUCCUCAACCCAGCCGGUGCUUCU